UCAGAUGCUCGCUCUGUGCAGCGCGGGCGGUUUGAAAACCAUUAAUACUAGUUGAGCGUUGUGAUGGAAGAAAGGUCUGCGAGUACUGCUCCAGUAAAUUAAUAAAUUAAUAAAAUAAGGGCUUUUAAUACAGAUAUAUCUGUUGGUAAGAUGUCGGUAUUGGCGGAGGAGUCGGCGGUGAAGGUGUGCGUUAGAGUCCGACCGCUCAUCGAACGGGAGGAGAGAGCUACUGCAGAGGACUCUGUGCCAGUGCCCCUGUACUGGAAGGCCGACAGAAAGUCUAUCCACCAGUUAGACGAUGGGGUCACAACAAAGAGCUUCAGCUAUGAUCGGGUGUUCAGCUCCAGUGAGACCACCAACCAUCUCUACCAGGACAUCGCCAAGCCCCUGGUGGUGUCCGCCGUCGAGGGAUACAAUGGAACCAUCUUUGCGUACGGCCAGACCUCAUCCGGGAAGACCUUCACCAUGAUGGGCAGCAAGCUGGUUCCAGGUGUCAUCCCCCUGUCCAUGGAGGAGGUCUUCCAGACCAUUCAGAACUACCCCCAGAAGGAGUUUCUUCUGCGGGUGUCCUACAUGGAGAUAUACAACGAGACGGUGACCGACCUGCUGGUGGACAGCUGGAAGAGGAAGCCACUGGAGGUCCGCGAGGCCCUCAACAAGAACAUCUACGUGGCCGACCUGACGGAGGAGCUGGUGACGUGUCCGGCUCAAGCUCUGUCCUGGGUCUUCAAGGGAGAGAAAAACCGGCACUAUGGGAAGACCAAGAUGAACGAGCGGAGCAGUCGCUCUCACACCAUCUUCAGAAUGAUCUUGGAGAGUCGUGAGAAGAGCGACCCAGCCUCCGGGGAUAACUCUGAGGGCGCCAUCAUCGUCUCCCAUCUGAACCUAGUCGAUCUGGCCGGGUCAGAACGGGCCAGCCAGACCGGGGCGGAAGGCGCUCGCUUUAAGGAAGGCUGCAACAUCAACCGAAGCCUCUUUACCCUCGCCCAGGUCAUCAAGAAACUGUCUGACGAGAGCCAGAGGGGCUUCACCAACUACCGAGACAGCAAGCUGACCCGCAUCCUGCAGAACUCCCUGGGGGGCAACGCCAAGACGGUCAUCAUCUGCACCAUCACCAUGGCCGCCCUGGAGGAGACCCUCAGCACCCUGCAGUUUGCUAGCACGGCCAAGAAGAUGAAGAACGACCCCCAUGUGACGGAGGUCUCCGACGACGGAGCGCUGCUCAAGAGAUACCGAAACGAGAUCGUCGACCUGAAACGCCGCCUGCAAGAGGUGUCCUCGGUGACCCAUGUGACGGCCACGGAGAAGGAGACGCUGUCCCAGCUCCUGCAGGAGAAGGACCAGCUGCAGAAGGAGCAGCAGGACCGCAUCAAGAACCUCACCAAGCUGCUGGUCACCGGCUCCAGCCUCAUGCCCGCCAAGAAGAUCCCUAAGAGGAGAGUCACAUGGGGUGGAAAGCUGGUCCGAUUGUCUGGAACCACAGAAUGCCACGUGGACCAGUCGGAUCUAAGCUUUGCCGAGCAUUUCAGCCGCAAGAGGAAAGCAGACAGUUCUUCAAUGGAGCUGCUGGAAGAGGACGAGGAGUUUGAUUCCCGCUGGGAGAUCCCUGAGGAAUACUCCUUCACCACAGACACUGGGAGCGUCCGAGCCCACGGAGACAGCUCUGAUUUUGUCUCUCCGAGCGGAUCGGGGCAGAAGGAGGCCGACCUGGAACGACGGCUGGAGGAGGAGAGGGGCGAGAGGGAGGAGGCGCAGGCCAACGUCGCCUCUCUGGAGGGACGGCUAGAGGAGGAGAGGGGCGAGAGAGAGGAGGCGCAGGCCAACGUCGCCUCUCUGGAGGGGCGGCUAGAGGCGGAGAGGGGCGAGAGGGAGGAGGUGCUGGCUAAGCUCUCCUCGCUGGAGGGGCGGCUUGAGAAGGAGAGGGGCGAGAAGGAGGAGGUGCUGGCUAAGCUCUCCUCGCUGGAGGAGGAGAGGCGAGAGAAGGAGGAGGUGCUGGCUAAGCUCUCCUCGCUGGAGGAGGAGAGGCGAGAGAAGGAGGAGGUGCUGGCGAAGCUCUCCUCGCUGGAGGAGGAGAGGCGAGAGAAGGAGGAGGUGCUGGCUAAGCUCUCCUCGCUGGAGGAGGAGAGGAGUGGGGGGGGGGAGGUGCUCUCCAGGGCCGCCUCUCUGCAGCAGCAGGUGGAGUUGCUGGCCAGGGAGAAGCGGGAGGCGUGGGAGGAGGUGGAGCGGCUGGAGCAGAGGGCCCUGGAGCUGGAGGUGCAGCGCUCGGCCCAGGCCCAGGAGCAGCUGGAGCAGGUGCAGAUGCUGGAGCUCCGACUGGCAGAUCUGCAGGAGCAGAGCCACACGGAGGCCGAGCCAGAUGAACAGAUGAAGAAGGAGUUUGAAGAAACCAUCCGAAUGUGUGAGACUCUGGUUUCAGAGAAGGAGAUGGUGUUUGCCGAGAGGGACUACCUGCGUCAGGAGAUGGCGCUCCUGCUCGGGCAGGUGUCCUCCCUGGAGCAGGAGAAGGGGUCCCUAGCCCAGGAGCUGCGGGACUUCAAGGAGCUGGAGGAGUUCAAAGCCCUGGAGGACGACUGCAGCGAUGACGAGAAGAGAGUGUUUCAGAAUGAAAUCGUUUCCUUGAAGAGCAACGUUGAAUCCUGGGAAAGAAAGUGCAGAGAUCUGGAGUCUCAGCUGGGCUCCAUGUCCGGUCAGCUGGCCAAGAAGUCCUCCUGGGCCCAGGAGCUGGAGUCGAUGCAGGGGAAGGACCUGUUGCAGGAGGUGUCUGAGCUGCGGCGCUCGCUGGACGAUGCAGAGGUUCUGGGUCGAGACACCAGGAAGGAGUGGGCCGUGCUGCGCAGCCAGAACCUGAGCCUGAAGGAGAGAGACGUGGAGCUGAGCUCCAGCCACCAGCAGAUGGUGGUGGAGGUGGGCGGUCUGCGCUCCCAGCUGGAGAAGGAGAAGAGCCGCUUCAAGAGCAUGCAGACGGACCUCCAGAAGGAGCUCACCGUGGCCUUCAAGGAGAACACCAAGCUCACCGCGCUGUUGGACGGGAAGGUCCCCAGUCAUCUGUUGGAGAACGUUCAUCUUGAGGGAACGAUAGCCUCCCUCAACGAGGAGCUGGUCGCCCGUUCGGAGGCGGAGUCAGUUCUGAGGGAGGAGCUGACGACGUCCCAGGGGGCGGAGUCAGCUCUGAGGGAGGAGCUGAAGACGGCCCAGGAGGCGGAGUCAGCUCUGAGGGAGGAGCUGAAUACGGCCCAGGAGGCGGAGUCAGCUCUGAGGGAGGGGCUGAAGAUGGCCCAGGAGGCGGAGUCAGCUCUGAUGGAGGGGCUGAAUACGGCCCAGGAGGCGGAGUCAGCUCUGAGGGAGGAGCUGAAGACGGCCCAGGAGGCGGAGUCAGCUCUGAGGGAGGAGCUGAAUAUGGCCCAGGAGGCGGAGUCAGCUCUGAGGGAGGAGGUGUCUUGCUCGGAGCAGCAGUGCUCUUUACUGGAGGGUCAGCUAAGAGGUCUGCUGGAGGAGAAGGUGGCCCUGAAGGAGGAGAAGGAGACUCUUCAGGAGGAGAAGGACACUCUUCAGGUGGAGAAGGAGACUCUUCAGGAGGAGAAGGUGGCCCUGAAGGAGGAGAAGGAGACUCUUCAGGAGGAGAAGGUGGCCCUGAAGGAGGAGAAGGAGACUCUUCAGGAGGAGAAGGAGGCCCUGAAGGAGGAGAAGGAGACUCUUCAGGAGGAGAAGGAGGCCCUGAAGGAGGAGAAGGACACUCUUCAGGAGGAGAAGGACACUCUUCAGGAGGAGAAGGACACUCUUCAGGAGGAGAAGGACACUCUUCAGGAGGAGAAGGAGGCCCUGAAGGAGGAGAAGGAGACUCUUCAGGUGGAGAAGGAGACUCUUCAGGAGGAGAAGGAGACUCUUCAGGAGGAGAAGGAAACCUUAAAGGAGGAGAAGGCAGCCCUGAUGGAGGAGAAGGAGACUCUUCAGGAGGAGAAGGAGACUCUUCAGGAGGAGAAGAAGACCUUGAAGGCGGAGGAGGAGACUCUUCAGGAGGAGAAGAAGACCUUAAAGGAGGAGAAGCAGGCCCUGCAGGAGAACAUCUCCCACCAUGAACCCUCUAGGAGCCUGGAGGAGCAGAUCCAGGGCUCCGUCAGUGGUCCAGAGGAGGUGGAGGGAGUGGUGUCUGCUCCCAGCCAGGAGAGCUCCCCGCUGCAGGUGCUGCUGGUGGCCCUGAGGGAGGAGAAGGAGACCUUAAAGGAGGGGAUGGCGGCACUGAGGGAGGAGAAGGAUCAGCUCCAGAUGGACCUUCAGGAGAACGUUGACAUGAUGAUCGAGAACCAGGACGAGCUUCGCAGCGCUCUGGGGACGAUCAAUAAGCAGAAGGAGCAAAUCAGAGGCCUGGUGAGCCUCCCAACAGCCAAUCGGAACGCUCCUGCACUGGACUCGGCUCAUAUGGAAGACCUUCAGAACCAAGUGAAAGCCCUCCAUGCGGAGCUGGAGUCGGUGAGGUCAGAGAGGGACAGCCAGAGCUCCGUCGGCGGUCGGGGGGAGGUGGACCGACUGGUGUCUGAGGUGUCCGCUCUCAGCCUGGAGAGGGAGCAGCUGCAGGCGCUGCUGGAGGCCCUGAGAGAGGAGAAGGCUCAGCUCCGAGAGGAGAUGGACGACAAGAUCCAGAUGAUACUACUGCAGCAGCAGCCUGGAAUCGGCCAGCAGCCCUCACUGAGCGAUGAGCUGGGAUCACUGGACCAGUACAGGGUGGACGACCUCCAAGGACCACUAGAGUCCGUUACUGAAGAGAAGGACCGCUUGGAGAGAGAGGUCCAGCUCAGCAUGGAAAAGGUGAAGGCGCUCCAAGAGGAGCUGCAGUCGGUGAGGUCAGAGAGGGACAGCCAGAGCUCCGUCGGCGGUCGGGAGGAGGUGGACCGACUGGUGUCUGAGGUGUCCACUCUCAGCCUGGAGAGGGAGCAGCUGCAGGCGUUGCUGGAGGCCCUGAGAGAGGAGAUGGUCCAGCUCAGAGAGAAGCUGGAGGACAAGACCCGAAUGGAGGUGGAGGACACGUGCUCUCAGACGGAGGUGGAGGUGGUGCUGAGGCCCCAGGAGGUGGAGGAGACGUCCUCUCAGACGGAGGUGGAGGUGGUGCUGAGGCCCCAGGAGGUGGAGGAGACGUCCUCUCAGACGGAGGUGGAGGUGGUGCUGAGGCCCCAGGAGGUGGAGGAGACGUCCUCUCAGACGGAGGUGGUGGUGCAGGACUAUGAGGCCCAGCUACAAGAGCUCAAACAGCAGAUCCAGAGCCUGUCCGCUGAGCUGCAGUCGGUGAGGUCAGAGAGGGUCAGCCAGAGCUCCGUCGGCGGUCGGGAGGAGGUGGACCGACUGGUGUCUGAGGUGUCCGCUCUCAGCCUGGAGAGGGAGCAGCUGCAGGCGCUGCUGGAGGCCCUGAGAGAGGAGAAGGCUCAGGACAAAAUCCACAUGGAUCAGGUCAAUCUGGAGCAGAGGGCUGACCACCAGGAGAAGGAGGAUCUCCUUGCACAGCAGAUCCAGCAGCUGGAGAAACAACUCACCGAAAUCAGGAUGGAGAGGAGUGAGCUCCAGGAGGAGCUGGCCCAUAUGGAGGAGGAGAAGACUGGACUCCAGGAGGGGUUGGCCCAUAUGGAGGCGGUGAAGACUGGACUCCUGGAGGAGUUGGGCAGGAGCUUAGAGGAGAACAGGGCCUUCAAGGAGGAGGUGUCCACCAUCACGAAGGAGAAGACUGGACUCCAGGAGGAGUUGGCCCGUAUGGAGGAGGAGAAGACUGGACUGCAGGAGAAGUUGGCCUAUGUGGAGAAGGAGAAGACUGGACUCCUGGAGGAGUUGGCCCAUAUGGAGGAGGAGAAGACUGGACUGCAGGAGGAGUUGGCCCGUAUGGAGGAGGAGAAGACUGGACUCCUGGAGGCGUUGGCCCGUAUGGAGGAGGAGAAGACUGGACUGCAGGAGAAGUUGGCCUAUGUGGAGAAGGAGAAGACUGGACUGCAGGAGAAGUUGGCCUAUGUGGAGAAGGAGAAGACUGGACUCCAGGAGGAGCUGGCCAAGAGGGUAGAGGAGAAUGGAGCCUUCAAGGAGGAGGUGUCCCUCAACAGAAAGGACAAGACUGGACUUCAGGAGGUGGUGGCCCGUAUGGAGGAGGAGAAGACUGGACUGCAGGAGAAGUUGGCCUAUGUGGAGGAGGAGAAGACUGGACUGCAGGAGAAGUUGGCCUAUGUGGAGAAGGAGAAGACUGGACUGCAGGAGGUGCUGGACCGUUUGGAGGAGGACAAGACUGGCCUCUGGGAGGUGAGGAACCGUAUGGAGGAGGAGGAGGAGGAGAAGACUGGCCUCCGGGAGGUGGUGACCAGGAGGGCAGAGGAGGACACAACUCGACGCCUCAAGGAGUCCGACGAGAGCUUCCAGCUGUUCAUCGGCAGAUGUUGCACUCACAGCGUGGCUCCACUGGAACAGACCUUAGUGGAUAUCUCUGUGGUCAAGGACCAGCACCUCCUCGCCCUCCCCAAGGCCCUCGUCCAGCUCUACAACCAGAUCUUGGAAAACAACAGCCAGGCCAACCAGGGCCUGAGGGACACCAUGACGGUGCUGAAGGGCCACGCUAGCGUAUUCCGGGACGUCAUGGAGGAGCUGGUGAACGGCGACCUGGGGGUGCUGGAGCAGCAGCGGCUGCAGGACGUCCUGCUGAGCGCCCCCGUUACCCCCGACGACGACCUCCACGCCCAAUGGGAGCGCAGACUCCCUGCACUGCUAGACCGCAGGGAGCGCCACCUGCAGAGGAUGUCGUCCUUGCUGGAGGGGCUGGAGCAGAGCCUGGGGUCCGUGCCCCGCAGCAUGGCCGCCCAGCUGGGGGAGACGGGGCACUUCCUGCAGGGUCUGAGGGACGCCUGCAGCCACACACCCCUGGACCUCCGCACCGUGGAGGACCUUCUGACCGCCGAGGUGGAACGCUCGUCCACUGCUGCUCAACUCAGUACCAACACUCUCCAGGUUAUACUAGAGACCCAGGGACGAGUCUGUCAGGAGCUGGAGGCGCUGAAGGUGGAGACCACCAAUGUGCUGGAGGAGGAGAGGAGCAAGACCUCCGCCCUGCUGGGUGUGGACAGCGCUGCCCUGGACCCGGACCAGCUGCAGCUCCUCAGGGACAACCAGAAGCUCCUCCUACAGCUGCACCGCUCCCAGGAGCAGCUCACAGCCCUGCGCCGGGAGCUGGAGGGGCUGGAGGAGGCCCAGCGGAGGUCCAGUGAGCGGCUGACCAUCAACAAGAGGACCACCCAGCUGCUGCAGACGGAGCUGCAGGACGCCUGCGCCAAGAUCCACGACAAGGAGACGGCCAUCAACACCCUCAGGGGCAAGCUGCGGCUGUCAGAGGAGGCCCAGGCGCAGAUGGAGGCGCCCCCUAGUGUCCUGGAGCUGGAGGAGCUCCGGGGCAAGGUGCUAAAGCUGGAGGUGGAGGUCACCUCAGCCACCACCAAGCACCAGAAAGAGGUGAAGAGUCUGAGCAGUCUGCUGAACAUCAAGGAGGAGUCUCUGAGGAAGCUCCGAGAGACUCUGAGGAAGUCCCAGAAGGAGCAGCAGGAGUCCUUCCUGCAGGGCGAGGACCUGUACUGCCGGCUCACCCACCCCGAGGGGUCCAACGUCCAGACCAGCGGCUCCCUGGAGAGGUCCAAGCUGGAGGAGGAGAUCAGGCUGCUGCAGCUGAAGGUCACUGAGCUGCAGAGUCUGCUGUCCAGUCAGAAGGCGGAGAUAAGCAGCCACCAGGCAGAGAUCUCCAAGUGGCGGUCCAGGGCCCUGACCCUGAAGGAGAAGGCCAAGGCCAUGCGGCCUCACCUGGCGGCCCCCACCACGCCCUCCAAGAAGAGGCUGUUCCCCGACGCCGCCGCUGCCGCCGCCGCCGCCGCCUCCGACUCCGCCGCCUCAGACUCCGCCCUCUUCUGCAGCUCCCCCAAGAGGUUCCACAGGGCUCUGGACUCCCCGCGGAGGGGGGGGGACUCCCCGCGGAGGGUCCUGGAGGCUCCGGCCAACGUCCCGGACCCCAACCAGACCUACGGCGUGGACUCCACAGAGUUCCUCAGGUCCACCCUCGCCCGGCCCAAGCAGUUCUUUGAUAACUCCACACUGGGCAUCAAUCCAGGUUCUUCUUCUGCCGUGGAGCAGAAAGAGGAGAUGUGGCCUGUGUCUCCGAAAAAGGAGGAGAUGUGCACCUCUCAAUGAGAACCUCACCAUCUAACACCUGCUCUCCCAUGUGGAAAUCAGAAGGGGAAAUUGAAAGACUGUUUUAAAUUGUGAAAUGCACUUUAUGAUAUUCUGAACAAGAGUGGGGCCACUCGCAGUAGGAGACCGUCCGAUAGCGGUCCAGAUCAUUGGCCGGAUCACCUGAGGUGAAGGAAUGUGGGAUGGAUCUCUUUUGCUUUUGUAAUGGGUGGUCAUGUCACCCUACACUAAUGGUGAUGGGAUAAGCAUGGUUUUGGCUUUCAUGUAGCCAUGAACACUUUCUAAAUGUUUGUUGUAAUAAUUUAGCUAAAACUCUUUUGUGGAUACUUUAGUUUUAAAUUGGGCUUGUUCAUCUUCUUACCUGCAUUGUAAAAAGCUUGGAACACAUCAUUUCAUUGCCAGCAAGGAUUAAGGAGGGACUACAAACUGGUUAGAGAGGAUAGCAGCGAGGACCUCCGGUAGAAAGGUGGUAUCGACAUGCCCAAGAUUUACUAUUCAAAGGCCCCAUGCUUAGUGGGGGGCGGCCUCAAUCCUAUAUGAAGUUACUCACAAUAUGGAUGGUUUUGGGCUCAAACCCCGGUUAAAAAAAUGAAUGAUCUUGAUUCCGGUGGAUUACGAAUGUAUGAUCAGAACAAAUAAACAAGUAAAAAGUU